AUGCUAUCUACUGGAUCUACUGGACCCGAUCUUCAGUUCCCAAAAGAGCGCAACUAUAAGACAGAACUUCUCGGGAAGUACUGUACGGCCAAAGAGGCGACCGAUCAUCCAUUGAAGCCAUUAGUUGUUAACCAAACGGAGUCUAAGAGAUUAAAAGUAGACAACUCUUCGGUGGUCACCAAAAUUAAUGACGCGAAGCCGACCAACACUUCUUGGAAUGGUUUGGAUCCGCUUUCGAUGGCUUUAAGCCUUCAAAACACGUCAGAAAGCAAUUCAUUGGAUUCAUCGCUAGAAAUGAAUAAAAAUGCAAAGUCUUCGUCGAAAGACAAUCAGACGACGGCUGACUUCAUAGGCGAAGACUUCGAGGACUGGUCAUCUACCAAGACUUCGAUACUUAACAAAUACACCACUUCUGAGAGACUGUCAAUUAAGACAUCGUUUCUGAUGGUCGGCGCCUCGGGUUCGGCCAUAAGUGGCAGCACUUCUGUUGUGAGGAGUUCUGCGAAUACGUCGGUUGCGGACAAAGUUCGUCACCGAUUGGAACAAUUGGAUGACUUCGAAGAGGGUUCGGUCAAAGAGAUGCUGAACUUGACUCAAACCGAAUACGUUAACCGAAUCGACGAAUUGAAUGUCGCUUUAUAUGAGUCCUGGAAUUCGGACCAAAGAGUGAAGGCAUUGAAGAUCGCUAUCCAGUGCUCCAAACUGUUGGCCGACACGUCUGUCAUUCAAUUCUAUCCCUCGAAGUAUGUCUUAAUUACAGACAUUUUAGACAAUUUCGGUUCAUUGGUCUACAAGAGGAUCCACUGUAAGGCGGGCUCUACCGUCGCGGCCAUAGAGUCGGCCCGCGAAACGUGUCGAAACUGGUUCUACAAAAUAGCGUCCGUUCGGGAACUGAUUCCCCGUUUUUAUGUCGAAACAGCGAUAUUAAAAGUGUACGGAUUUUUGAUCGACAAGAAUGAGAUCCAAUCGGAGUUCGAGAAAGCGUUGAAUCGGUUGACGAAAAUGAUUCGCGGAAUCGGCGACCCAUUGGUGGGCGUCUACGCCAGAGCCUAUCUCUGCAGAAUCACUGUUCAAAUCGCACCCAAAUCUAAACACAUCUUUCAAAACAACUUCAAUGACUUUCUUCACUCACUUAAUCAGUUGUCCAUCACUUUCACACAACAAAUACUAACCGCUCAACGAAUAGAUUAUUCGGUGUAUUAUACACUGUAUAGUCCGGCGUUGGAUUGGAUCGUGUAUUGUAUCGCAUAUAAGGCCUCAACAGGUCUUCUCAUUGACACAAUUCAACAGUUUGAACACAACUCCAACACUAAUCUUGACGACAGCUGUUCCGCACUUAUACUCAAUUCACUUCUCACAUGCUUUCCGUCGCAAUUGAUUGCUUCAAAAGCUAUCGAUUUUCUCGAUUUAAUCAAAAGAGUUAAUAAAGAUGUGACGAAAGAUACGAACGGAAAGUCAUCAUCGGUUGGCGAUUCGUCCGGUUUUCCUAAAUAUAGUUUAAUACGAAAUUUAGGCAUUGCUUUGGUUUCAAAACACAAUCUGUUGGUAGAGUUGGAAGAGAAGGAAAAACUUCAGAUUCUGAACGAAGUGUGGAGACUAUUGAAUAAAUUCAAACACAACACCGAAUACAUGGCUUGUGUUGAGGUGUGGAUUGAAUUCGUUGUCAAACAUUUUACUCUUCGAGAGAUUAAUACACUAUUGGGGCAAAUAAUUAAGCGAAUGCAACCGAACCGUGCGUUUGAACAGCACUACAACCAAUUGGUUGGUCUCAUGUCAAAAGUGGUCACUUUGAGUCCGAACACAGACUUCGCGGCUUUGUUUGCGAUGAAUAACUUUAUGCCGUUUUUGGAUUUGCUUCAAAAAGAGUCGGUCAAAGUGGACGCCUGUAAAGCGAUUGUCGAAUCAUUUAUUAAAAACUUUAAUAAUUCAGUUCACGACGAGGACGAAGACGUGAUCACCACAUCGGAUCCCGUUAUACUUAACUCAAUGACAUAUCUAUGCAAAGCAUUGCACGAUUCGGUGAAUGCGCUCACUCUGGAGGACGAGAGAAGACAAAUCUCUCAUUUAGUCAUUUCUUUUGUGAAACGCGUGUCGUUUGGCGGAGACUUUGAAUCGGAAUUGAAUUUUUACGUGGACUCGAGGGCCAACUUCUGUAAUCUGGAAUCAGUUCUUUGCUUUUUGGUCCAAAGAGUUAAUACACUGGCGAUGGAAACGAGACGUAUUGUGAAGGGAUUCCACACCAAGAAAACCAACUCAUUUGUGAGGGCAUGUAUUGCCUACUCUUUCAUUACCAUUCCCUCACUCGACGACGUGAUACUUCGCCUUCAGCUCUACUUAUCGAGUAGUUAUGUCUCUUUAAUCAAUGGAUGUUUGCCCCAAACGGACUCAUUUCUCAAAACAGCCAUAACAUUGAUUCAACAGUUACCACAAUAUAUUGACUCGAGUGAUGAUUCCCAACUAUUGUCCAUCUGUUACGGCAAUUACGUCCAGUUUUUGGACAUGAAUUCCAUGGAAACGAUCAAAGAGUUUAAGAUUCCGACGCAAGUGUUGUCCUCAACACUACAUCCGGACAAAAGUGUGUUUGUCUGCGGAGGAGAGGACUUCAAAAUGUAUAAAUACGACUACAAUAACGGCAAUGAAAUUGAGUCCUUUAAGGGACACUUCGGUGGCGUUCAUUGCGUCCGCUUUUCACCCGACGGCGAACUUUACGCCAGUGGCAGCGAAGACGGAACGCUACGGCUAUGGCAGACAACUGUCGGCAAAACGUAUGGCCUCUGGAAGUGUAUUAAUACAGAAGAGACCGAUUCCAGUGAUACACAACUUUCUAAUAAUGAGAAUCACAACAAUUCUAAUAAUAAAUAAUUUUUGAAAUUUUGUUUUUUAAUACUAUUGUAAAGGUUUUUAAAGCAAUUUUUCGUUUAAAUUAAAUUUUUCAUGCAAUUUA